CAAAUACCCACCAGUGCCCUUGCAUCAGAGCUCCUGCUGGACCAGGACAACACAGUUUGUCCAGAGCCACAACAGGCCCCAGGCUGGACCUCAGAUCCCCAUUUGGACCCGAACCCAGGAGCCUCUGACACCACUUAAUCCACAGCUCCUCAGCUUCUGCCAUGGUUGGCCCCUGUGCCCUGCUCUGGGCACUCUGGGCGCUGCGGUCUGCAGGGUCUGCGGCACUGCGCAUCGGAGCCUUCAACAUCCAGUGCUUUGGUGACAGCAAAGUGUCGGACCCAGCCUGUGGCAGGGUCAUCGCACAGAUCCUGUCUGGCUAUGAUGUCAUGCUUGUGCAGGAGGUGCGGGACCCAGACCUGAGCGCUGUCACAGCACUCCUGGAGCAGAUCAACAGUGUGUCCAAGCAUGAAUACAGCUUUGUGAGCAGUGAGCCGCUGGGUCGGGACCAGUACAAGGAGAUGUACUUGUACAUCUACAGGAAAGACGCAGUAUCGGUCAUGGAGACAUACCAGUACCCGGACCCAGAAGACGCCUUCAGCCGUGAUCCUUUUGUGGUCAAAUUCUCCGCCCCCAGCUGCGCUGCCAAAGAGCUGGUGCUAAUCCCGUUGCACGCAGCGCCUCACCAGGCCGUGAUAGAGAUCGACGCCCUUUAUGACGUCUACUUGGACUUGAUCAACAAGUGGGGCACAGACGACAUGCUGUUUCUGGGUGACUUCAAUGCGGACUGCAACUACGUGCGGGCGCAGGACUGGGCAGCCAUCCGCCUACGCAGCAGCGAGGUCUUCAAAUGGCUUAUCCCGGAUACCGCUGACACCACGGUAGGCAACUCGGACUGUGCCUAUGACCGCAUCGUGGUGUGUGGCGCUCAUCUGCGCAGGAGCUUGAAGCCCCAUUCAGCAGCUGUGCAUGAUUUUCAGGAGGAAUUUGGCCUAGACCAGGCUCAGGUCAGUUGGGGGAGGAGUCCGGUCUGGGCCACACUGGCACAGGCUGGAAGGAAAGGGGCAGGGUACUAUUUCUGCUUCCGGCUAUGCCUCCCCUUGGAAGAUGCUUACAGCCUAAGAUCUGUAGACCCUCAGCCCCUGCCAACAGGGUGUUUGCUGAGUACUCUGCUGUUUCCACACAGUCCAACUGUGGACCUGUAAACAGUACCCGGGGUGGUCAUCUAGGCCUUUCUGGCCCCCUCCCCACAGAGGCAGUGGUUUGUGGAUAGUUAUUGGACCCACUGUACUGCAGAAUUGCUGAGACUCUGCUCCCUCUCUUUUAGGCUCUUUCAGUCAGUGACCAUUUUCCUGUGGAGGUGACCCUCAAGUCACACCUAUAGUCUGGAGAUCUGGCCAGGGAAUGCCAUCUGCAGACUUUGGCCACAAAGAGUGGCACCAUAGAGGAACACGCAGAUGGCAGGCUACUCUUCACUUGAUCUUAGCCAAAAGGCUGAGAAGCGACUGGCAGGCUACUCUUCAGUGAGGAUGCAGGCAGGGUCAUCACCUGGGCAGGGACACGUCUAUGGACGCAUAAUAGGACUACCCAGAGCCUCAGUUUCCCUAUCUGUAAGACAGGCUAGCACUACCUACCUCUUAGGGUUGUUGUGAGGAGUACCUACAAAUGGUGCUCUGUGUGGCAACUGGCACAAUCUCUGCUUAAUAAACAAGAUGCUCUCAGCCAGGAUCACACAGGUUGGCUCCAAGGCUUCUGUCUUAGGACCCAGCCCUUCUGGGGUGCAAGCCUUGGGUCCCAGCCCCCUUGGAGAACACAGAGGGUCUGUCCUGCCCCCCCCCUUUUAUUCUGGUGGGAACUUGUAACCUGACCAUACUGGCCCAGAAGGCAGUUUAGAAACUCCCUGUUCUCCUUCCAAAACCCUGAUCCAUGAGUGCAGCUGGAUGAUAAUGGCACCGCACAGCAGCUUCCUGGGCCUUGAUGGAUUUCAGAACAGGCUUUGAUCCUCAUCUUGCCACCAGGGACUCCCAGGCACUCAUCUGAAUCAGAAGUCCUGCUUCAUCCAGUUCUGCAAGGGGCAGGUCCCAUCAGUCAUCUGCCCUGGGACUUUUAGAGUCCUUUAGCAUAGGAAGGCUGCUUUGGGUUUCUCCCAGGCCAGACAUGGCUCAAAGCUAAGAUCCUUCCCAGAGACUGCAUACCUUGCCUGGGGACUGGUCUGUGUAGUUUCCUCCCCAGCAGCCCUGGGUUGAGGGAGAAUCUGCUUGGGGUGAGCCCACCACCUCAGGAGCAAGAAAAAGCAGUUUCGUGGGCACAGGAACCUGAUAAGGUUUCUAGAUUUUGAAACAGCCCAUCUUUGGCAGAAUUUGGAAACUGGACUGAGUCAUAUGGAAGGGAGAGUCUUUGUUUCAAGAGUUUAGACAUAUUUGGUUCUCCCAAAAUCUUUCUAAAGUAAGACUGAGGAUUUUGGCAACAGUGCAUGUCUCAGACAUGCAAUACUUUGCGGGGACCCUCUCCAUGCGCCCCAGGAUCCUCUGAAUGGAUUCCUAUUCCCACCAUCCAAGUGGACAAACAUGGUGCCAAAGGGUUAUUCUCUUGGGUGAUGAUGGUUCUGUGGGUCUUACUUGGCCUUAAAAGCCUUGAGCAAGUAAUCAAAGGCUGGGGAUGGGACAAUCUGAAGACUUUAUUCACAAUUCUGCUGUGGGAAAGGAGACAGUGUGAUCUUAUCUGGGCCCAUAAGGACCCACCUGGCAUUAAAUUCCAAAACUCCAGUCACUGCUCUUCAAGUCCUCUUGCCUUCCCACCAGGCACAAAGGCACUUGUGGUGAUGGUAGUGGGGCCUUGGGACACUGGGUUCUAAGAUCAGGAAAACAAA